UUGGCCCAGCUCACCCAGUCCAGGGGCUCCAGUCGGGAUCUCGCUGCCGCCCGGGCCAGGUGAGAGUCCCCACCGCUGGGGAGGCGGCGGGCCCUGCUUCCCUCGGCCGCCUCGCCCACCCGGAGUUGUCGGGGAGGAAGCAGCUGGGGGGCCCCGGAGCCCCUCAGAGGACAAUGCGACCAGUGCUCAGCCACCCUAGCUCUGUCUCCUCCGCGCCGGGCCCCUUCCCGCCAUCCUCUGCCGCCGCCCGGCUGCAGCCGCUCUUCCUCCGCGGGGGCUACUUUUGCGGCCAGAGAGGCUCGGGCGACAGUAACACCAGCACCAGCACCAGCGGGGAAGGCGGCAGCAGACGCGGCGGGGGCGGGGGCGGCGGCUCCCCGAGCAGCAGCACGGGAGCCGAGAGCGAGGAGCAACACGAGAGCCUGAGCGUCAGCAAGCCACCGGUGCCCAACGCAGCGCUACCUGGGCCGCCGGUUCAGGGCUGCGCCCCUGCCGUCCCCGCGCCGGCCGCCUUCUCCUCCUCCUCCGACACCUCCUCCUCCAGCUCCACGCCCACCCUCUACUGCAGUAAGACCGCCGUGGACUUCGGCGGGGACACCGCAGCCGGGGCCGUCGAGGGCCCUGGGAGCCGCUCAGUGGCGGCGCCGGCGGCGGCGGCGGGUCGGGCAGCAGCGCCUCCUGCUGUUCGUGUUGCUGCUGCUGUAGCAGUCUGGCCUGGCCCGGCCGCAGGGGUCGGCGCGGCCAGCGGUGCGCAUCACCCACACCACCACCACGCCGCACCGCCCCUGCUCUUGCCUGCCCCCUUGGCCGCCUCCACCCGGGCCAAGGCGCGCAGAGAGGGGGGAGGGGUCGGCGGCCUGGAGGCGGCCGCGGCAGUGGGCGAGUUCGCUUUCACCUACCUGGCCCAGCUUUUCUAUUUCAUAGCCUUCACGCCCAAGGCGGUGCUGAUCUUGGGCACGUCCAUCCUAGACCUCAUCGAGCUGCACGCUCUCUUCGGCACCAUGGGCUUCCACCUCACCAUGGUACUGUCGGUGCCCCUGCUCUACAGCUUGGUGCGGGCCAUCAACGAGGUGGGUGCACUGCCCGGCUCUGCCAGACCCCUGCUGCUGCAGCCCCAGUGGCACUGCAUGGCCUGGUGCUUCCUGGGCACGUGCCUGGAGCUGCUCAACAGCUUCACGUUGGUGGAGCUGAUGCUGGAGGUCUGUGCGCAGUUGCCCACGCACCUGCGCUACCUGCUCAUCGCCGUCUACUUUCUUACCCUCCUCUCGCCGGUGCUCUGGCUCUAUGAGCUCAACGCUGCUGCGGUGGCGGUGGCAUCCGGGGGCCAGGCCUCUGGCCCAGGCUGCUGCCUUUUUCUGCGCCUGCUGGGCGGCUGCCUGGUGGACGUGCCCUUGCUGGCACUGCACUGCCUCCUGGUGGUCAUCUACCAGCAGCCCCUCUCCAUCUUCACGCUCAAGAACCUAUUCUUCCUCGGCUGCCAAGGCCUGGAGGCACUGGGGGACUGCUGGGACUGGGUCAGUCGGGCCUCCCUGAGUCAGACCAUAGGGGGCUAUGGUGCUCCACCCUCCGCCCCUCCACUGCCUCUGCCACCACCUGAGGGAGGCUCCCAGCUGGACCAUUGCAUUUUGGAGAAUGACGGGGUUGCCCAUGGCUAUGUAAACACCUUGGCUGUGACCUCCUAGAACUGAGGGUGAAGGGCAUGGGUCCCUGGUUUUGGGUUGAGAGUCCCCAACUCCCUUAUCUUCUACCUUCUGUCACCCAGAUUUGAUCAGGCUUUGUUUGGAAGAGGUAACCCUUUUUAUGGCUGAGGGCCAGGGUGUUCUUCUGCACCCCUGGGAUGAGGACCGCUUGGAGGGAGACCAGCAGUUAAUGGUGAGGGAGGUAGGCGCACUUACCCUCUUUCUUCUAUCCUACUCCAAUCCUGACCUCCUAGGAGCUGGUAGCUCUGCUUCUUUCUUUACCCACCUCCACUCUAAUUGCCAUCCAUCAGGAGGAGAGAAGUGCUCGGCCUUGGGUCUUCUUCCUGACUUAGAAGUGCCGGCCUCUUUCAGGCUGUGGUUGGUGGCCAUUGUCCCAUGCCUUGACAUUGACCCAGAACCCACUUUCCACUGAUGUCUCUAUUCGAUUUCUCCUGGGUGAUAGAUGCAAAGUGUAUGUCUCUCUCUGUAGUGUUGUUUUCUUGCAUCCACCUUGUGACCCUUUGCAAUAGGUAGGAGAUCUGGGGAGGCCCUGCUCCCUAUAUCUUACUUACCACCACCCUUCUCUUUUCUGCCUGGAUUUGUGACCAUGAAUUCCCAGGAAGAGCUGGGCCCCUGAGAGCUUCCCAGGUACUCCCUUUAAAGGGAGAAGCUCUCCCAGGAUCUUCCUCAAUCCUGUUCCUCUCUUCUUAGCUCAGAGGGAGGAGGGGAUCCAUUCUCUAAGGACAAAAGUGCACCCUUUCUUGGGUGAGCAAGCAUUUCUACCUCUGUGCUUUCAACUUUUGUUGCAUCAUGCACUGAUGCUGCUUGCAAAAAAUAAGACAAAAUACUCAGAAAUUGCAUUCUCCAUGGCCACUGGCUCCAACUGGUGUUGGGUGCCAGUGUUAUUACAGGGUCUGUGGAGUAUCAGCCAUUGGCUUGGCCUCCCACUCUUCUUCCCUCUGCACCUAGAACUCUUAUCCUUCCUGUGGUUUGGUGCUGACUGGGUCAGAUCUGGGCUUAGAGUAAUAGCUUUGAUGGUUCCUAGAUGGACAUGAAGUUGACCCUCCCAUAGGCCCAGGAGAGCAGGAAGCCCCAUUCCCCACUGGUCCUUCCUCUAGGAAGUGUAGAUCAGAAAGUGAGGUGGUGACCUCCUGCCUCUGGUCUAACCAAGUCUCACUAGGGCCAAGGCAGCCUGCAGCACUUUGUGUCCUAGAUUCCUCUCAUUGAGGGUGAGGACAAGAGACAUCUGGGGGCUGUGUGCUCAGAGUCUUGGUGUGGAAUGUCACUCUUGCAAUCUUUGAGGCAGGAUAAGUAUUUUUACAUAUUUUAAGGGUGCAGGAGCACAGCAGGGAACAAGGCCAGAAAAUACUUCC